UUUGACUGAACUCUCGUUCAGUAGAGCAAAUUUAUUCGAUCCUAAGGUGCACGAUGAAGACCUUCACGUUGAUCUGUCUCGUUCUGAGCUGUAUUUCAGUGUUCGGCAAGCCACUUGAUUCGAUUGAAGAUGAAUCUUCACUAGUGGAUCUGAUUGAAAUCCAAAAUGACCAAUUGUUGGAUGGAUUCGAGGCUAGUUCGGAUGAAGAACCGGAAGACAACAUUGAUUCCGAAGACAUUAGUGUGGCUGACUCGUUGAACGAUGAAGACGAUCGAAUUAACGAAAUUUUGCAAGAAGCGCUGGAAUCCAUUUUGAGACCUGAAGCAUUGGAUAUAUCUGAUGAACCGACUAGACGGUUGAGAAUAUGUGCUCCUUUCUAUCGAGAACUAGGCCAGGAAGCACAAGGGAUUCCUCUUUGGUGGUGUCGAUGCCCAAACGGAGUUAUUUGCUAACGACAAUAUAAAGUCUACGCAUCCAUUUUCUUUUAACUGUUUGUAGUAAAACACCAUAAUGGUGUAAAUUAGCCGCAAACUUGCACAAUAAUAAAUGAAGUGAAUAAAAAAUUGUUCACACUUCCCUAUCUUCUCCACCUCAUGACCACAUUAGAAAUAAUAAUAGGAGGAAACCAUCUAUUGGAGAAGAAAAAGCAGAAAUCUACUUCGGCCUUGCGUAAUAUUAUUU